UUUUUCUUCUCUCAGAACAGACUGGGAAGGAACUCCAGAUCCUCCUCCAAGAUGUUGGUGGUCCUUCUCACAGCAGCCUUGUUGGCCCUGAGCUCAGUUCAGAGAGCAAAUGCAGCGAUCAUCUAUGAAGCCUCUUCUUCUGAGCUCUUAGAAGAGGAGCAGCAAAAUCAGAGCAAUGGUCAACAGCUUCAGAAACCCCCUUCUGGACAGUUGCCCCCAAAACCUUCUGCUUCUGCUGAUGAUAAUGAAGAUGGUGAUGAUGAUGGUGAGGGCAGUGACGAAGAUGGAAAUAAUCCAGAGGGACCACCACAGGGACCACCACAGCAUCCUCGCCCUCCUAAACCUGGAAACCAACAAGGCCCACCCCAGCAGGGAGGUCCACAGCCAAAUCGCCCUCCUAAACCUGGAAACCAGCAAGGCCCAGAACAGCAGGGAGGCCAGCAACAAAAUGGCUCUCCUCAACAAGGAAACCAACAAGGCCCACAACAGCAGGGAGGCCCACAGCAAAAUCGCCCUCCUAGACCUGGAAACCAACAAGGCCCACAACAACAGGGAGGCCAGCAACAAAAUGGCUCUCCUCAACAAGGAAACAAACAAGGCCCACAACAGCAGGGAGGCCCACAGCAAAAUCGCCCUCCUCGGCCUGGAAACCAACAAGGCCCACAACAGCAGGGAGGCCCACAACAGCAGGGAGGCCCACAGCAAAAUCGCCCUCCUCGACCUGGAAACCAACAAGGCCCACAACAGCAGGGAGGCCCACAGCAAAAUCGCCCUCCUCGACCUGGAAACCAACAAGGCCCACAACAACAGGGAGGCCCACAACAGCAGGGAGGCCCACAGCAAAAUCGCCCUCCUCGACCUGGAAACCAACAAGGACCACCCCAGCAGGGAGGUCAGCAGCAAAAUCGCCCUCCUAAACCUGGAAACCAACAAGGCCCACCUGAGCAAGAAAGCGAGGAACAGGAAAAAUAGAUGACAGAUUCCCGUAAUGGUAUUUUAAUGGAACAAUGAUGUGGCAAGUGAACCCUCAAACACUCUAAUAAAAUAUUUAGCAUGCAA